UCAGCGGCGACCCAAUGCAAAGACAAAACCAAGAUCGACAUCGACAUCGGUGGCGUGUUUACCAACAUGCUGUAAACAUGCCAAGAUUACCUCCCGCAAAGUAAUCCCGGGCUAGAGUGUACCCGGGCUGUACCCGGGCCCUUAUGCCUGUGGUGUGGCACGACUUGCAAUACAAUAAUGGAGCCGCUGAAAAAACGCAAGAAGCGCGAACAUUACAAGAAAUACUUCAAUCCUGGUGCCAAGUUCUUCGUGCCUAGGUCUACAGAUUCAUCGGCGCGGCUCCGAAUGGCAGAUGCAGAAGCGAAAUCUCAGCCGGACAGCGUUUCCUGCAAUCUUAACCUGGAUGACAGCAUAACGACGCGCCAAGAAUGCAGCGCCAAGGCGUCGGCUGCGCCAGUCGGCGCACAUUGCAUGGAAUCCCAAGGAGAUCGUGCAGCGUAUGCUAUAUAUCUUGGAUUCUCGUGCACUAAUGUGCGCGAACGUGACCUUCGCGGAAAUAUCGACUUGGUAGGGCAUAACCAAGAUGCACAAGACCAAGCUUCUGAAAAAAAAGAGGACUUCAGCCAGCCGGACGCACAACACGAAGAUUCUGGACAAGAGGAGAAUUUCAGUGAGCCAGAUGCUCAAGACAAAGAAUCUGGACAAGAGGAGGACUUGAUGCAGCCAUAUAUGCACAAGAGGAAGUCUCAGAGCUAGAAGUUCCCUUUUUUUCGGAUUCUACCUGCGGAGUGCUAAGUGAACUGUUUGGUGAAAUUGUCAAAGACAAACUUGCAGUCUCAAAAGGUGAUAUUCUGCUCAUGGUGUUAAAAUAUGCUGUCCAGCACAGCUUGACAUUUUCAGCACUUGUGGAUUUGAUUGAAAUGAUUAACGUGUUUUUUGAAAGACCAGUUCUUGCCCAUUCUCAGCACAUGCUUAAGAAAGUAAUUGAAGGACCUGGCACACUAAUGAAUUUCCACUUUUUUGUCCAGAAUGUUGCUUGUACAUAGGCCACAUUGAUCCAAGUUCACCCUUUCAGUGCUUGAAAUGCAACCGCAACAUAUGUUUCUCAUCGAUCAACAAUGUAUCUUUUUUGUGCUUUUUGACAUACCUUCACAACUCCGAUAAGUACUGAAGGGAUGCGACUUCUUAGACCUGACAGAGCCUCUUGAACCAAAAGACGGUUUUUCAGAUAUUUAUAAUGGAGACCUGUAUCGUGCCUUUGUGGCCUCAACAGCAAAUGGUAGGCAUAGAAUUAGUUUUGUGUUGAAUGCAGAUGGCACACUCCUUUUUAAAUUAAGUGGUACUGCAAUUCGGCCAAUUCAGUUGCUUGUCAAUGAACUACCAGCCACACAAAGAAUGCAAAAAGUGAUUUUAGCUGCCUGGUGGUUUGGCGAAAAAGCCUGACAUGGUGCUCUUUCAGGACGCAUUUGUUGAUGCUGUAAACAAUCUUUCAGAGAAAGGAUUCAAUCUUGAGCACCAUGGCCGUGCAAAAACUUUCAAGGCCCUCUGCAUUUGUCGCGCUGUAGAUGCAGUUGCCAGGGCACCUAUGCAGGGUAUAAUGCAGUUUAAUGCCUAUCACGGAUGCAAUUGGUGCCUUCAAAAAGACGAAAGAGUUUUAAAUUCCACAAAGUAUCCAGUACAACAAACAGUACAGGAAAGAACAGAGCUACAAAUGAUACAGGAUAUGGAACAAGCUGUUGCUGGAGGCAGGCCUGUAAAUGGUGUCAGAACUGUGUCGCCACUGCUCAGGUUGGAGCACUUCAAUAUAGUGUGGGGGUUCGUCCCCGACUAUAUGCAUUGCAUAUUGCUUGGGGUUGCAAGGCAGUUCAUGGAACUGUGGUUGAAUGAUACUAACUGCAAGUUUUAUAUAGGACCACAGCAAGGUGUCAUUGACACAAGAGUAAUGGCGAUCACUCCUCCAGCAGAUGUGAAAAGGAUGCCAAGACCAACAAGAGAAAGAAAAUUUUGGAAAGCAAAGGAAUAGGAGAAUUGGCUCCUGUAUUAUAGUUUGCCUGUUUUAGAGGGUAUAGCUGAUCGCUCAUGUGUACAACAUUGGGCCUGCCUGGUGGAGGCAUUGCAUAUAAUGCUGCAGAAAGAAAUCAC